AUGCACCAGAGAGCCAUGGUCUCCCUUGCAGACCCCCGAGGAGUUGCCAGUCAGCCUUGGGGAAAAUGUAAGAGGAUGCAUUUUGAGGAACUGAGGGGUGGAAGAUGCCUGCCCUCAAGCCCUGGCAUGUUUACCCAGGUGCACCUGAGGACCCCCUUGGCCAUGGUCGACAUUCAGCUCCUCCAAGGAAGUACCCCUGGCAGUAUCAACAGGGUGUAUCCCCCAGAGUCACCUUUAGGCCAAGGUCAUAGACCCUUCCUAGCUGAGGUGCUGAGAAGCCCCCUCCUGUCCUUUUUUUUUUUUUUCCAUUUAUUUUUAUUAGUUGGAGGCUAA